GCUGUCCGGGAAAUAAAUGGCAGUUAUUUUGCCAAAAUAAUCAGAUUUAGCUUAGAUAUAACCAAGCAAAGGCCCUAGGUUUUACACUGACUUUAUUUAAUUGGUGGAUCACACUGGGGACACGACAAAGCCGUAGAGAUGUUUUCCUGAGAGGUUUUACUGAGGACAAAUUUACCUACCAGUUUUCAUCACUUUUUUUUUUUAGUUUUGACUCAUGUUCAUGUUAUUGGACUUGUCAGGCAGAGUAGAAAACGUGGACGGUUUGCUUUCGAUACAUUCUCUCACCAAUGUUUAAUUUAACCUUGACAGUUUGACAGUUAGUUGGCGUUACUGAAGACAAAUAACCGAGUUAAAAUAUUUAGCUUAAAAUGACGGAUCAAUCCUCGUUGUUACUACGUAAACAAUUAGCAGAGCUCAACAAGAACCCAGUGGAAGGCUUUUCUGCUGGUCUUGUAGAUGACGAUGACAUCUAUCAGUGGGAAGUGGUCGUCAUUGGACCUCAAGACACAUUAUUUGAAGGAGGUUUCUUCAAAGCUACCUUAAGCUUCCCCCGUGACUAUCCUUUGAGGCCACCCAAGAUGAAGUUCAUCACAGAACUCUGGCACCCAAAUGUGGCAAAAAACGGUGAUGUCUGCAUCUCCAUCCUGCAUGAACCUGGCGAGGACAAGUACGGCUACGAGAAGCCGGAGGAGCGCUGGCUGCCCAUUCACACAGUGGAGACCAUCAUGAUCAGUGUUAUCUCCAUGCUGGCAGAUCCCAACGGAGACUCUCCUGCCAACGUAGAUGCAGCUAAAGAGUGGAGGGAUGAUCCGAAAGGAGUGUUUAAGAAAAAAGUGGCCCGCUGUGUGAGGAGGAGUCAAGAGAUGGCUUUUGACUAAAGCCUUCCAGCAGCCAUCAACACAAUUUAAACUGCAGAGGGGAUUUGACAACUGGUUUCACUGUCGACCUCAAUCAGUCACUCAAACAAGAAAAAGUCUCGCAGGAAAAACAUAAAUCCAUAUUCUCUACUUCUUUGUGUAUUGCAGUUUGAGGCUUGAUAUUUAUGAGUUUUGCUGAAUGGCAGUAGCAUUCACGCUGCCCAAAGUUUAAUUUUACUUCCAUGUUCCACCAUCACUUGCAUAAGACACUAUUUCUGGUCAAGCAUCAACAUGUCACUCAUCUAUACAGCCUGAUACUUUAUCUGUUUUGUACAUACUCAUCAGUUUUGGAGAUCCCCUGUGAUAAAUGCACCCCCCUUUUUUUUAGUUAGUUUACUUUAUAUUUACCUAUUUAUUUAGAGUGAGGCUGUUUUAAGAUGCGUAUGUUAUGGAGGUUUUUGUUUAUUUUCAACCUGCCGCACUGAGCCAUCCAGUCUACAGUUAUUUCAUCGAUUAUGCAAUUUUGCAGUCGUUAAAGAUAUGGAAAUACAGACACUGGCUCUCAUCUCCCUGCACACCCUAAGUGUUCUGCAGAGGAAGGGCCCCUUCUCUCCCCGAGGGGCCCGUCUUAUCACCCAGCGCUGCCUUAACUACGACUGCCAGCAAAAGUACUUAUCUUCAAUAAGGAGGACUGCAUCUGAACGCUUGUUUUGAGUCCAGAAAAACUAUUGUGGACACACCAAAGAGAACGCAUCAAUAAAUAUAUUUUUAAUGAA